AUGAAUUCGCAGACGUCAUCCAACUCUAAUGAGGAACUCGAAUCAUCACGGGACAAACAACCGGAAUCUUCUUCUCCCACUUCCUCCCCCACCGCAACGGACUCUGAGUUAGACGAGCCUCAGCUGGACUCCGGUUCUGGUUCUGGCUCAGCCAUUUCUGGAAACGGAGGCGACGGUCCCGGUAAGCGCCAACCAGAUGACGGCGAGGGUAAGAAUCCCGAAGGGUCAAGAAACACCAACCCUGUCAUGCCAGAGGAAAAGUCGCAACUAGAGCAAGUCAACCACAGCUUUAAGAAAAUCAUCGAACUACCGGCUGGCAUCGUGUCCACAGUCACCAGAACGGCCUACGGCUUUAUAACAGAUCGCGUCAGGGAGCUGUUACACUUUGUCCCAGCCCCGGUAAUCGUCGCCCUCAUCUCCACCGUAUCUACUAUUUCAGGGACCAGGUACAACGCACGUCGCAAUAAGAUGGCUGCCAUUGCCGCACAGCAGAAGGCGGCCAGGGCUAAGAAAGACGAAAUUGAGCGGCUGCUGAGAAAGAAGUACAUGGAGCUGUCAGCCCCUAUUCUGAAAAGCGCUGCAAAGCUCGCUGACAGAAUUCACUCUAUCGUGGAUUCAGACUGGGACCGCGUGGAAAAGAAAGGUCUUGACAGCUCUCUUUCUCCAGCAUAUUCAGCCUAUUUGCUCGGUCGAUACUUCGCAAUGGUAGAGAUUAUCAAGCAGGAGAGCGUUAUUUUGGAUUAUGGUUUCCAUGCAGCAGAUAGAGUCUUAAGCAAUAUUCUUGGUAGGAUUCAAGGUGUAUUUGCGGCAAGCGACGAAAUUCUUAUCGAGAUGCAGAUGACGGAGCAUCUAUUCCACCCGCCUGAUGGGCAAACGGCUCUUCGCGCCGGCCCAUUACGUGUUACACCGCGUGCACAAGCUGUCCUCGGCGAGCUCCUGCAUCGCAAGCUCUACAGCGGGAAAUUGGAUUUCGUGGAUAAAGCAGAAAACGAGAGGCGUGGGCAGGACGCGGUCCUUUCGUUCCGAGAAUUUUCUCGUAUUCUGGAAGUAGAUGCAACCGUCGCGCGCUGGUACAAGCCUGUGAUCCGAGACUUUGAGACUUUGGAGGCCUUCGUGCGACGUACUUCGCGAAGCAAGAGACGAUGCGAUCGAGUUGGGUCACGACUGUAUUUCGCGCAGUCGGCCUUGAUGGACUUGGUCGAGUUUUUCGACCCGUUGCCGCAGGCACAUGCCAUUCCAUUCUAUCGGCGGAGAAGGCUUCAGCUUGGAGGGGUUUCGUACUCCGAGGAGCAGCGUGCUCCGCUAAGCCUUCAUCUGUUGUACAGAGAGCUGGCGAAAAUCAGAGAUCGUCGCUCGAUGGUGGGGAGCAAGAUGGACCGACUGCGACUACCUCGUGGAGGUGUAGAGGUGCAUGUGAAGGGGUCUCAGGCGCACUCAAAUAGCGAUACGCUAUCUCAAAAGUACGGGGAUUGCCCCUACUCCCAGCGCGUCCUCAUUUUACUCGAGGAACUCGGGGUGCCGUAUCAGGCAGUGGCGAUCCCGCCUAUGUCCAAGCCUGGGUGGUAUUACUUACUGCACCCCGACAAACGGACGCCCGUGGUGUACCAUAACGGAAAUUUAGUAGAGGACUCUCGACACAUCAUGACGUACAUCAAGCAGCAUUUCCGUCCUGCGGAGGGCAAAAGGCGUCUGUCGUCCGCGAAAGUGCUAACACUUCCGGUAAGCACAGCUACUUAUAUAAAAUUCCAUGGGCACUUUCUCAACUGGGUGAGUGGACAGGAGGAUGCACGUGGCGCAGUGGAAGAAGAAUUGCGGAAAUUGAACGGGACUGUAGCGCGAGCACAGCGGCUUUACGAGAAAGGAUCGUUCCUUGGAGGCUGUCAGUUUGCAAGGGAGGAUACUGCCAUCGCACCUAUGCUGCAUAACGUAGUCGUAGCCGGCAAGGCGCUGAAGAAUUGGGAGCUUCCAGAGGACUGCAAAGCGCUUCGCAAGUACGAGGAGGAUGCACGAAAAGUACCGAGCUUCGCGAAGACGGUAGGGGCGGAUGAGGCUAUCGUAGCAGGAUAUAGAUGUCUGGCGAAGAGGGGAGGCGAGAAAGUAUGGGCUCUUGCUGAUAUGCUCGAAUGAUGUGGUCAAUCCGCCGCAUAGUCCAAGUAGGUGCCAUGGAAAGCCGGAUUGAGCGGCCUUGAGAAAGAUGAUGAUGGCGCAUAAUAUGUUGUGAAGGUAUUCAAUGGUGUUCCAACUGCGUCUGAGGCCAAACAUGCUGUUGUUAUCUUGCUGGUAUGGACCUCGAGAAUUGGCAUUGAGCCACCCCACUCUGUUGACAAUGAGGAUGAUAAAAGCUCUAUUAAUAUCGUCGAAGAAUGGCGAGCAGUGCGCCUUCCAA